AUGGACCCAGACGCAAGCAUUCCGGACUCCGAACCCUCAACCUUCAACUACAUCCUCUCCUUCCUCCUCGUCGGCGUAGCAUGGGGCUUCACAACCCCCUUUAUCCGGCGCGCAGCGGCAGACUUCAACGCGCGACAAGAGAAGCAGCAACAGCAGCAACAGACCGGCACAGAACCCCGCGGACGAUCGCAGACUCAAUCGUCGAGUCCGGACUUUCGGGACGAGGCAGGAGAGGAGCAGGAGCUUCUUGUGCGGGAUGAUGCGGAUGUUGAGGGUGAUGGAGUGAGGAGGCGGAGUGCUAGUCAGCAGCGACAGGAGCAGCAGGCUGCUACUGGCGCAGGUGCUGAACAAGAGGGUGAUGUGGACAACACGCCAGCGCCAGCCUGGAUGCAAUCGCAGCAGAAGUCCUGGGUGCGAACGAAGAUCGUGUCUGUGUUCUGGACCGUUGUGAAUAUGCUCCGUACGCCGGCGUACUCGAUUCCACUGGUCAUCAAUCUGACGGGGAGUAUUUGGUUUUUCUUGCUUGUUGGAAAGCAUGAACUCUCUCUGACAGUGCCACUGGCGAAUUCGAGUGCGUUUUUGUUUACGGUUUUGGGCGAGUGGUAUGUUGAUCGGAAGGUUAUUGCGAAGGAGACCUGGUUGGGACUGGCGUUGGUGCUGGGCGGUAUUGCGUUGUGUGUGCAUUCGAAGAACCAGACUGGUUGA